CAUCAGAGAAGUCACACAGGUGAGAAGCCGUAUUCCUGUCCUGAGUGUGGGAAAUGUUUUGCAUACAAAUCACAUGUUGUUAUUCAUCAGCAUGCUCACACAGGUGAAUGGCCAUUUUUCUGUUCUGAGUGUGGAAAACGUUUUACAUAUAAAUCAAAACUUGUUACACAUCAAAGAAGUCACACAGGUGAGAAGCCAUAUUCCUGUUCUGAGUGUAGGAAAUGUUUUGCACGGAAAUCAGAUCUUGUUACACAUCACAGAAGUCACACAGGUGAGAAACCGUAUUCCUGUUCUGAGUGUGGGAAAUGUUUUGCAUCUAAAUCAGAACUUGCUAAACAUCAGAGAAGUCACACAGAUGAAAAGCCGAAUUCCUGUUCUGAGUGUGGGAAAUGUUUUGCAUCAAAAUCAAAUCUUGCUAGACAUCAGAGAAGUCACAGAGGUGAGAAGCUGUAUUCCUGUUCUGAGUGUGGGAAACGUUUUACAUAUAAAUCAAAUCUUGUUAAACAUCAGAGAAGUCACACAGGUGAGAAGCCGUAUUCCUGUUCUGAGUGUGGGAAAUGUUUUGCACGGAAAUCAGAUCUUGUUAUACAUCAGAGAAGUCACACAGGUGAGAAGCCAUUUCCAUGUUCUGAGUGUGGGAAAUGUUUCGCUCAGAAACAAGCUCUUGUUGUACAUCGGAGUAGUCACACAGGUGAGAAGCCGUAUUCCUGUUCUGAGUGUAGGAAAUGUUUUUCAUUGAAAGCAAAUCUUGUUAGACAUCAGAGAAGUCACACAGGUGAGAAGCCGUACAGGUGAGAAGCCGUAUUUCUGUUCUGAGUGUGGGAAAUG